UCAUGAUGUUCAUUCCAAUGUGUUUUGAAUAAAAAGGAUUAGGUAAUAUCAUCAAGGAUUCUAAAAUACAUUAUGAAUGGGAUUUUUGCUUUAGAUCUGAAAAAGAAAUUGAAACUCAUAAAGUAAUUCUAAUUCAUUCUAAACUUAAAAAUAAAAUUACUUUAAUUCAUAAUGGAAAUAGAAUGUAUUAGGAUGUUUUGUAAAUAAUUAUAUUAAUUUUAGAAAAGAUAAAUUCAUAUUUUAAUGGAUAAUUGAUGAAUUCUAUAAUAAAGCAAUGAUUUAUAUAGAAAAUAAAAUUUGGAAACUCUAAGUUAAUAAUGUUGAAUUUUAAGAAGGGUAUUCAAAUCUUCAGGAAGAAUUAAUCUAACCUGUAGAUAAUUGA